AUGGCCGGCAGGAAGCGAGCUCCGGCGACGGAUACCUCCACAAGGGCUGACCCAGGAAAGUCCAAUCCUGAAACCCAUCGAUCAGAACCUCCCAUUGGGCCCGCAAAACUCCUCACAAUCUUGAAAAUCUUCCUCCUUUUUGCAAUCCCAUAUUUUUUCUUGCUUUUAAUUAUCCUUUGUGGGUUUUUUCGUAACGGUGAGCUUGAUCCGGUGGCGUCCAAGUACGUGCUGAGAAGGAAUUUAUUUGGGUAUGAUAUAAACAAGCAAGGCACUGCCGAUGGAUCUAUCAAAGUGCCCGAAUCAUUGGGUAUUGUAGUUGGGAUAGUGCUUCUGUUUGUGACGAUUUUGUUCCAAUAUUUCAACUUCACUGCAGAUUCAAAUAUUAAGAAAUUAGUAUUGCCAUCCAUUGCUGCACUUCCAUUGUUGAUGGCCUAUGCAGGACAUACAACUAUAGUCAUACCAAAGCCCCUUGUUCCAUAUGUUGGAUUGGGGAUUUUAGAAUUAGGAUGGAUAUACAAGCUAUAUAUGGGGCUCUUAGCCGUAUUUUGCACUAACUCAAUCAACAUUCACGCGGGUCUCAACGGCCUCGAAGUUGGACAAACUGUUAUUAUUGCAUGUGCUUCGAAUAAGAACUCUAUUUUCAUGACCUGUGUUUUUACUUUUUACGAGUAUCCUUCUUCGGUAUUUGUUGGGGACACUUAUACUUACUUUGCUGGGAUGACAAUGGCAGUGUCUGGCAUUUUAGGUCAUUUCAGUGAAACCCUUUUAAUAUUCUUUGCUCCACAAGUUCUCAACUUCCUCCUUUCACUACCUCAGAAUACCCGCAAUGAUCACUAUGGCGAGGGGCAGCCUACAACACAGGUUGACGAUCAGCUUCCCAAAAACCUCAAGAUAGGAAGGACAAUCACGCUUGCCAAAGACCUCGAGUUGCCGCAACUCCCAACUCCUCAUGGCGGCUGGUGA